AUGGCUCCAGCUAUUGGCAUUGAUCUGGGUACCACCUACUCGUGCGUGGGUAUCUACCGAGAUGACAGAAUCGAAAUCAUUGCCAAUGACCAAGGCAACCGAACAACACCAUCCUUUGUUGCUUUCACAGAUACUGAGCGUCUGAUUGGCGACUCGGCCAAGAAUCAGGUCGCCAUGAAUCCCGCUAACACAGUCUUCGACGCAAAGCGUCUGAUCGGUCGAAAAUUCGCCGAUGCUGAAGUUCAGGCCGAUAUGAAGCACUUCCCCUUCGAGGUCGUUGACAAGGGCGGCAAACCAGUCAUCAAGGUCGAGUUCAAGGGCGAGACCAAGUUCUUCACACCAGAGGAGAUCUCAUCUAUGGUCCUGACCAAGAUGCGAGAGACUGCUGAGUCAUACCUCGGUGGUACCGUCAACAACGCCGUCGUCACUGUCCCAGCCUACUUCAACGACUCACAACGACAAGCCACCAAAGAUGCCGGUCUGAUCGCUGGUCUCAACGUCUUGCGUAUCAUCAACGAACCUACCGCCGCUGCCAUCGCCUAUGGUCUUGACAAGAAGUCCGAGGGUGAGCGUAACGUCUUGAUCUUUGAUCUCGGUGGUGGUACAUUCGAUGUUUCCCUUUUGACAAUCGAAGAGGGUAUCUUUGAGGUCAAGUCUACUGCUGGUGAUACUCACUUGGGUGGUGAGGACUUCGACAACCGACUUGUCAACCACUUCACAAAUGAAUUCAAACGCAAACAUAAGAAGGACCUCUCUACCAACUCCCGUGCUCUUCGUCGUCUCCGAACUGCUUGUGAGCGAGCCAAGCGGACCCUCUCUUCUUCUGCACAGACCUCCAUCGAGAUCGACUCGCUUUACGAAGGCAUUGACUUUUACACCUCCAUCACCCGUGCUCGUUUUGAAGAACUUUGCCAAGAUCUUUUCCGUUCCACCAUGGACCCCGUCGAGCGUGUCCUCCGCGAUGCCAAGAUCGAUAAAUCUUCUGUUCACGAAAUCGUCUUGGUUGGUGGUUCCACUCGUAUCCCCAAGAUUCAGAAGCUUGUCUCCGACUUCUUCAACGGUAAGGAGCCCAACAAAUCGAUUAAUCCCGACGAGGCUGUCGCCUACGGUGCUGCAGUCCAGGCCGCUAUCCUCUCUGGUGACACAUCCUCCAAAUCCACCAACGAAAUCCUCUUGCUCGACGUCGCGCCAUUGUCUAUUGGUAUCGAGACUGCUGGCGGUGUCAUGACUCCUCUCAUCAAGCGCAACACUACUAUCCCAACCAAGAAGUCAGAGACCUUCUCUACCUUCUCCGACAACCAACCAGGUGUGUUGAUCCAGGUCUUCGAGGGUGAGCGUGCUCGUACCAAGGAUAACAAUUUGCUCGGCAAAUUCGAACUUACUGGUAUCCCACCUGCUCCACGUGGUGUUCCUCAGAUCGAGGUUACUUUCGAUGUUGAUGCCAACGGUAUCAUAAACGUUUCCGCUCUCGAGAAGGGUACCGGCAAGACCAACAAGAUCGUCAUUACCAACGACAAAGGCCGUCUCUCUAAGGAAGAGAUCGAGCGCAUGUUGUCUGAGGCCGAGAAGUACAAGGAAGAAGAUGACGCCGAAGCUGCUCGCAUUGGUGCCAAGAACGGUCUCGAAUCAUACGCCUAUUCGCUCAAGAACACCAUGUCCGACUCGAAAGUUGACGAGAAGCUUGAGGCCUCUGACAAGGAGAAGCUCAAGUCAGAAAUCGACAAGACCGUUGCCUGGCUUGAUGACAACCAGACCGCUACCAAGGAUGAGUACGAGGCUCAACAGAAAGAACUCGAGAGUGUUGCCAACCCAAUCAUGAUGAAGUUCUACGGAGCUGGUGGUGAAGGUGGUGGUAUGCCAGGCGGUAUGGGCGGUAUGCCAGGUGGUAUGGGUGGUAUGCCCGGUGGAAUGGGAGGUGGUAUGCCAGGUGGACCCGGUGGUGCUGGCGGUCAUGGUGGUGAUGACGGCCCAACCGUGGAGGAAGUCGACUAA